AUGGCAGCCAUGGCGCUUUUCCUCAACAUCGCCGCUCCUUCCUCCGCCUCUUACCCAGUACUGCACAAGACCCAUCUCUCUCCACCCUUCCUCCUCCCCCUCCGUCACCACCCCACCGCCAGUACCCGAUCCGCUACCAAGAUUUCUGCCUCUCUGAUUGACCCGGAUGGAGGCAGGCUUGUAGAGCUUUUUGUUCGAGAAUCUGAAAAAGAUUCGAAAUUGAAGCAGGCCCUGGGCUUGCCACAGAUCAGACUCUCAAAGAUUGACCUUCAAUGGGUCCAUGUGCUCAGCGAGGGCUGGGCCAGCCCAUUGAAGGGGUUCAUGAGAGAGUCUGAGUUCCUCCAAACGCUUCAUUUUAACUCGCUCCGACUCAAUGACGGGUCGGUCGUGAACAUGUCGGUCACGAUCGUUCUGGCCAUUGAUGAUGUCCAGAAGGGUCGGAUCGGGUCGUCCACCAGCGUCGCGCUUGUGGAUCAGAACGACAACCUGGUUGCUAUCUUGAACGACAUUGAAAUUUACAAGCAUAACAAAGAAGAAAGAAUAGCAAGAACCUGGGGUACUACUGCACACGGUCUACCUUAUGUCGAGGAAGCUAUUACCUCUGCUGGAAACUGGCUGAUUGGUGGUGAUUUAGAGGUUAUAGAACCCAUCAAGUACAAUGAUGGUCUUGAUCGCUUCCGGCUUUCCCCUUCACAACUCCGUGAUGAGUUUGCGAGGCGCAAUGCAGAUGCUGUGUUUGCUUUCCAGCUCAGAAAUCCUGUGCACAACGGGCAUGCUCUGUUGAUGACUGACACGCGCCGUCGUCUUCUGGAGAUGGGAUAUACAAAUCCUGUCCUCUUGCUUCAUCCAUUGGGAGGUUAUACAAAAGCAGACGAUGUACCACUUAGUUGGCGAAUGAAGCAACAUGAGAAGGUGCUAGAGGAUGGCGUUCUUGAUCCAGAGACUACUAAAGUGCUGAGUAUGGCUCCCGGAUUAGAGCGGCUCAACAUUCUUCCAUUCAAGGUGGCAGCUUAUGACAAUACUCAGGGUAAAAUGGCAUUCUUUGAUCCAUCAAGGCCUCGAGAUUUUCUGUUCAUAUCUGGUACCAAGAUGCGAACACUUGCAAAGAACGGGGUGAAUCCUCCGGAUGGAUUCAUGUGCCCAGGUGGUUGGAAAGUUUUGGUCGAUUAUUACAACAGUUUGGCUCCGUCUGAUAAUGGCAGAGUACCUGAACCUGUCCCAGCUUGA